AUGUUUUUCGCUGUUGGAGUUGUGUGCAUGCCUGCUCAGCUGCAAGGGCCCCACAUCACCCAAGGCUGGGGCCAGGUGGUUCGGCUCAGGCACCUGUAUGCGGCCAGACAGGGAGUACACCUGCUGAUCAGUGAGGAUGGUCAGAUCCAGGUCUCUGAGGACCAAACACUGCACAGUCUGAUGGAGAUCCGUCCGGUGGGUCCAGGCUGUGUGGUCAUCAGAGGAGUCGCCACAAAUCGUUUUCUGUGCAUGGAGGGAGACGGAAGACUCUACUCGUCGACCACAUACAGCAGAGACAACUGCACCUUCAGAGAGCAGAUCCUGCCAGACGGCUACAACGUCUACUUCUCAGACAGACACGGCGUCCUGCUGAGUCUGGGGAACCAGCGGCAGAGGCUGCAGGAUCAAGACAGAGGCGUCCCAGCUUUGGCCCAGUUUCUACCCAGGAUCAGCACCCUGUACCAGGCCUUACCUCCUGGACCAGACAUCCCUGAGCAGCCGGGACAGAGUCUAGAUCUAACAGAGGAACCCGUGGACACGAUGGAUGCGUUCGGGAAGCUGUCUCAGAUCAUUCACAGUCCCAGCUUCCACAAGAGAUGA